ACGCCAUCCUUGUCAUGCAAACUAAACCACAGGGCGGAGACUUUACACAGGCUCUUGUAUGCCCCUCCCACAGGCGGAGCGCCGGAUGCAUCAAGAAAAUGUCAACAACAUGCCGGAGCCUUCCAGAGAAACCGAAACUGACGAGAGAGUGACGGACAGACAACAAAGAGAUCACGGAAACCAGUCCUCUCAUAACAUCGUGGCUUUAAUAUCUCAGUUCGCAGAUGAUAAUUUAACACUUGUGCGGAACAUAAGCACCGGACUGGCAGUUGCUGGUGUUAUUGUAAUAGCAAGGAGUAUCAAACUGAUCACCAAAUUUCAAGCUGCGUCUGAGAUCCCUGCUCGUUUUAUUGAGAGGAACAUCAGCCUCCGUGGGAAAGUUCAUUCAGUCACAGAGAGAGGACUUGAAGUGGAACAUGUCCCAAUUUAUCUGCCAGUCCUCUCUCCGUUACUUUCGAAACACAAAGGUGUAUGCACAUCCCUGAUGCUGGUGCAUCUUGCAGGAGUGGAGUUGACUCCAGAAGGCAGGGUAUGGCUGCAGAAGAACCUGGCUCCUGCCCAAACAGUCUGGCUAAAACUUAUCAGCCGAGAGGACGACAUGCUACACUGUUUGGUGUCUCAAAGCAGGCAGGGGUUGAUGUGGAGCUACUGUUUGAGUGAAAAGGUCCUCAUGCUCGGUCUGGCUCGCACUGCACCCUUGGUCGGGGUCCUGCCUGACUCUCGCCUCUAUUGGCGUCUCCACAAACGGCUGCACAGGGCAGAGGUCAAAGCUGAGAGGAAGGGGCGGGGACUGUGGAAGCAGGACAGCCUAUGGGAGAGGGCCUCCGAAGCUGUCAUGGACAACCCUUUAUUCAGACUGAUGAGGAGGAUCUUUAGGAGGAGUUGAUGCACUAAGUGAUCCUAAUCAAAAUGUGACAGCACACAAUCAGUUUUAUUUAUUCAGUAUACCUGUUAUUGUCAACUGAUAUAUUGAGUUUAAAAGUCGCACUACAGGCUACAAAAAGUGCCAUCCAUCUCUAAUCUCUCAUGUAUGGCAGAUAUGCUUCAGUGCUAUAAAAACAGUUACACUCUCCUGAUAUUACAACAAAUUACACCUGUUGCAAAGGUUUGUGCUUUAUGUUUACUGCAUUCCACCGUUUUUAGAAGUUUGAAAUGAUUAAAAAACUAUCUCUAA